AAAAAAGGAUCCCCUGCCUUUUCCCUCCUUCAAAUCUUUCUCUCUCUCGUCUCGUCUCGAAAUGAAACCCAGAGAAAGAACCCUACUUUUGGUUUUAUUUCUCUGAUCAAUACUCACUACAAACAGCAAGCACAGUCAGAGAUAGACCCUAGAUUGCUCCGAACAACGAAGCAAAGUACAAAAGUGAUGCAAGACUUCUUAGGAUCAGUUCGCCGAUCACUCUUCUUUCGAGACUCAGAUGGUGAAGGCGGACUCGGGAGUCUCAGUGAGAAGAUCGCUUCUUGCAUUCGGAAAUCUAGGGUUGGGCUCCCCAGACCGUCUCCCCCUGCUUUGCCGCCGAUCGUCAAAGAAACGGCGCCUCAGAUCCGAUGGCGGAAAGGAGAAUUGAUCGGCUGUGGGGCAUUCGGUCGAGUGUAUAUGGGAAUGAAUCUCGAUUCUGGAGAGCUUCUCGCGGUGAAGCAGGUUUUGGUCGCUGCGAACAAUGCUACCAAGGAUAAGGCGCAAGCUCAUAUUCGGGAGCUCGAGGAAGAAGUGAAGCUUCUUAAAAACCUCACUCAUCCAAACAUUGUUAGAUAUUUGGGAACUGCUAGGGAGGAGGACACCUUAAAUAUUCUUCUGGAAUUUGUUCCUGGGGGAUCCAUCUCAUCACUUCUUGGGAAGUUUGGAUCUUUUCCUGAGUCUGUUAUUAGAAUGUACACAAAGCAACUGCUACUGGGGCUGGAGUAUCUCCAUAAGAAUGGAAUUAUGCAUAGAGACAUCAAGGGGGCAAAUAUCCUUGUUGAUAAUAAAGGAUGCAUUAAGCUUGCUGAUUUUGGAGCAUCCAAGAAGGUUGUGGAGCUGGCUACAAUAUCAGGUGCUAAGUCAAUGAAGGGUACUCCAUAUUGGAUGGCUCCAGAGGUCAUUCUUCAGACUGGGCAUAGCUUCUCGGCUGAUAUAUGGAGUGUUGGAUGCACUGUUAUUGAAAUGGCAACUGGAAAACCUCCUUGGAGCCAGCAGUACCAGGAGGUUGCUGCUCUCUUCCACAUUGGUACAACAAAAUCUCAUCCACCCAUACCUGAGCAUCUCUCACCAGAGGCAAAGGACUUUCUGUUGAAAUGUUUGCAGAAGGAACCAAACUUGAGGCCAUCUACAUCUGAAUUGCUUCAGCAUCCAUUUGUUACUGGUGAACAUCAUGAAGCUCAUACAAUAUUUCGAACUUCUGUAAUGCAGGAAAAUUCUCCUGCCAGUGGAUCAAAUCUGAAAAACUCUAUUAGCCCUUCUAUCAGACCUAGGACAACUUGCAGUAGUCUGAGGGAUGAUGACAUGUGUCAGAUAGAUGAAAAGUUCACAGAAAGUGGACCUGUCUGGGGAAUGGGCUCUGGUGAUGAUGACAUGUGUCAGAUAGAUGAUGGAGAUGAUUUUCUCAUGGCUGGAUCAGUAAAAUUUAAUUCAGGUUUAGUGACAGAUGACUUUAAUAAGAGCUUUAACCCUAUGUGCGAGCCAACUGAUAAUUGGACAUGCAAGUUUGGUGAAAGCCCAGAACCGGAACAAAGUGAAAUGAAGCUGGGUUCUGGGAAUCUAGUUAGUGGAACUGCAAGCAGCCCUAGAGCGUCUCAAAAGGAUGAGAAUGACUUCACGUUUCCAUGUGGGCCAUCAGUGUAUGAAGAUGAUGAUGAAGUUACUGAGUCUAAAAUUAGAGCAUUCUUGGAUGAGAAGGCUCUAGAUCUGAAGAAGCUGCAAACAGAGUUAGAACAUAACACCUGGAAUGACUCUUGUCCUCCGUUCGGUGCUGGUAAUGUACAUGAUGAAAAUGUUCCAAAUCAUCCAGUGUUGCCUCCUAAAAUUAGGUCACCAUGCCGGGUUCCAAGUGGAUCACAAUCCCCAGUAGCUGAUGCUACAAAUACUGCAAGUCCUGGGAGUUCUGGCAGACGUGUUUCAAAUAUUGGUGGUGUGAAGGAUCAAAGUUUACGGGAAAUUCCAUCGCCUCAGCUUAAUGAAUUGAAAGGUCUCAUUUUUGAUGCUCAGCAAGAACCAACAAGUAUAAGUGUCAGUUGUUCAGAGAGACAAAGGAAGUGGAAAGAAGAGCUAGACCAAGAGCUUGAAAGAAAACGGGAAAUGAUGCGCCAAGCAGGUGUUGGUGGGAAGACAUCAUCUCCAAAAGAUCGAGUUCUACAUAGGCAAAGAUCGAGGUUUGCUUCCCCAAGCAAAUAAAUGUAUGUAUUUGUAUCUACGACUUCGUUACAGAGAAGUUUGUUUUCCUACGAGAGAAUUAAUGUAUGUAGUUCUAUUUUUGGUGAUAUGGUCUAAUAAUAAAAAUGACAGUUGAGCCAUUCUCUAUAUGAAUAUCACCAGGGAAGGCAACCGCACACCCCACUGUGUUUAGUUUCUUGUGGAAUAGCCUGAGAAGCCAAUUAAUACCCUUGUAUGCUUUUUUUUUUUUAAGCUUGUAUGUUAUUCAGAUAUCCUCUUUUUUUUAUGGAUAGUAUGUUAUUGAGAUAUCAAACACGUUAAAUGUCGUAGUUGAAGUAACGUGUUUGAUUAUCUGGGUCCGGUAUAUGUAUAAACUAUGCUGUUGAAUAUAGAUGAGUUUACUUCGCAGAA